AUGGUGCGGGAUACGGCACAACGGGCCUCUCUGGUGAAGGCAGGGCUGUCGAAGGCCGCGGUGAAGGAGCAGGAGUUGGCGGUGAAGCGCAGCAAGCGGAGCAAGUUUACACCGGUGUCGGCCCACAGCAAAGGCAAUCCCAUCCACCGAGCCCUCAAAUACCAUGAGAAGAAACUUCUUCGAAAGCAUGACUUCAUGCAGUAUCCGCAGGAUAACUGGCACGAGCCCUUCUGUAUCACAAAGUAUCACCUAGAAGACCGUGAAGACUACCGAAGGUAUUUGCGUCUGGUAGGUCUUAUGCGGCAGCUUCUGGCGCAGCUUCGCUACCUUCCAUCCGACAGCAAGAUACGGAUACAAAUAACACAACAAGUGCUAGACAAGCUCUUUACAAUGGGACUAAUUAAAGAGAAACUCGGCUUGGCGGAGGUGGACAAGGUUGGUGUGGAGGCCUUUUGUAAGCGACGGUUGUCUACGGUUCUUCGCGAUCUUAGCAUGUCACCAAACUGUAAGCUUGCUGCGGAACUUGUCCACCAUGGGCAUGUGCGGGUAGGCACAACGCAAGUUAGGGAUCCAGCAUUUCUUGUUCCCAAGGGACUGGAGGACCUUGUGACGUGGAUGCCUGGUUCAAAGAUUAAACAUCAUGUGGACUCCUUCAACGUCCAACGCGAUGACUACGAGUAA